CUUUAUCUUUGUUGUCAAAUAAAUGUUCAUUCAAUCACUGAUUUUGGAUUUCUGUUUGAUAUUUAUAACAAACUUUCAUGUAUUUUCAAAAGUAUACCUACCUACUUCGUAUUUUUAUACAAAAUGGCGCUCGGAAAACAAACUGAGGUAGCUUUUGGCUCCAAUUUAAAAAGAUUUGGCAAAAUCACAGUUCAUCCUGGAUUAGACCCCAGUGGACUUUAUACUGUGCGCCCUGCAGCCUGCGAUCCAUGCCUUUAUCACCCACAACCUCUCCAUAAAAUAUUGGAAGGAAACAAAAAUAGGGGAUCUGUGCUAGACCCGUGGAGAUACAAAAAAGAGCUUGAAGAAUGGGCAAUAAAUUUGGGCUACAGGAACCAAUCUAUCCUUGCCCGGCGACGAUGGCAGCAAUCUAUAUUGGGUCCGGCUUGGACAGAAGUAAGCGAGCCUCGUGGAUACGAACCAGCUUGCAAAAAUCUAAGUUUUGGAAGAUCUCCUAGAUUCAAGCCGUCGAAGAACGUUAUACCCGGUCCGGGAACAUACUAUAAAGCUACUCCUUUUAAGGCGCCAUGUGGUUCCCAUUCAGUACGCCCAUCUUUUGAACGGGAAGAACCUUGCCGAUUUAAAAACAAAUGUCCUAACUGGUCGCUGGCACCUAAUCGUUAUAUGAUCGUGGAUAAGGAGUGCAUCGAACAGAAAUCUAAGAAAGUAGUCUCUCUAAGAGGUCCCUACGAUCUCUUUACAGGUAAAAGAGAUGGUUCAACUAUCAAAAACCAUUUCAACACGACAUUGAAGUGCUCUGCUGCUACAUGGCCACUGGCACUGAAGGGAUCUCUGGAGAAGUACAAAAACAGCCAUUUUGGAACGAUGAAUAAGACGAACAGAGAUUGUCCGUACAGAGGUCGGAAUGCAUUGGUGGACAUUGCGAUGUGCCUGAAGCGUCGGGAAGAGCCAGGUCCGGCUAAUUUGAACAUAAACAAGCCCAGAGUAUUCAAACAGAACAUAAGAGGUUUCAACAGUUCGUACGACAAGCCGCCUGGCUACCAGCGAGUAAUUGUGUGGCCAGGCGUCGGAAGGUAUAACUCGAAACCCGUCAGCUGCGGUAUACCUGGACAGGGACAUAAACACGUUUUUCUAAGCAAACAGGGCAGAACAAUUGGUGCAUAUCUACUACAGCCUAUGAAUUCAUUUUGAACGAAGUUUACAAAAUUUAACCUUGUACGUUAAUAUUUUAAAUAUAAGAUAGAUAUAGAAUUUUGACAUUG